AGCGCCUGGCGCGGAACGGGUGGGGAGCGGCCCCGGUGCGGGCGGGCCAUGGCCAGCACAGGCAGCCCCCUGGUGAGUCCGGGCGCGGGGGGCGGCCCGCGGGCCAGGCGGGCCAUGGCCAGCACCGGCAGCCCCCUGGUAAGCUUGUGGAAACUUACUGCAGGCUAAAGUGUCUGAAGGGACUGGAGACAAAAUGCACAAAGCUAGUAUGAUGCUGUUCCAAUGCAAUCAAGUGUGGUGUUAUGCUCCUGUUCAUCCCCUUCUUUGGUGAGGAACCAAGCAGAUUCCAGCACUCCAUCUGUCAUUUCCGCUUGUGGCAGCAGACAGGGAUCCAACAUGGAGGGCACAGCACCUGAAUCAAGAUCUAAUUCGAACUCCUUGCAACAACAUACAGGACAGCAGCCUCCACAGCCUCGAAAGAAACGACCUGAUGACUUCAAAUUUGGGAAAAUUCUGGGUGAAGGAUCUUUUUCAACGGUUGUCUUGGCUCGAGAAUUGGCAAGUUCUAGAGAAUAUGCCAUUAAAAUUCUAGAAAAACGUCAUAUCAUAAAGGAAAACAAGGUACCAUAUGUGACACGAGAGAGAGAUGUAAUGUCCCGUCUGGAUCACCCUUUCUUUGUGAAGCUCUACUUCACCUUUCAGGAUGAUGAAAAGCUAUAUUUUGGACUUAGCUAUGCCAAAAACGGAGAGCUGCUAAAGUAUAUACGCAAAAUUGGCUCAUUUGAUGAGACCUGUACAAGGUUUUAUACUGCUGAAAUUGUUUCAGCCCUGGAGUACUUGCAUGGCAAAGGAAUAAUUCACAGGGACCUUAAGCCAGAGAACAUCUUAUUAAAUGAAGAUAUGCACAUUCAAAUAACAGACUUCGGAACAGCAAAAGUGUUAUCUGCAGAUAGCAGACAAGCCCGGGCAAACUCAUUCGUAGGGACAGCGCAAUAUGUUUCUCCAGAACUGCUGACAGAGAAAUCUGCCUGUAAAAGCUCUGACCUCUGGGCUCUGGGAUGCAUAAUAUAUCAACUUGUAGCUGGACUGCCUCCAUUUAGAGCUGGAAAUGAAUAUCUUAUAUUCCAGAAGAUAAUAAAGUUGGAAUAUGACUUUCCAGAAAAAUUUUUUCCCAAGGCAAAAGACCUCGUAGAAAAGCUAUUGGUUCUAGAUGCUACCAACCGAUUAGGUUGUGAAGAAAUGGGAGGAUAUGGACCUCUUAAGGCUCACCCCUUCUUUGAAUCAAUUGUAUGGGAGAACCUACAUCUUCAGACGCCUCCUAAGCUUACAGCAUAUUUACCUGCUAUGUCAGAGGAUGAUGAAGACUGUUAUGGAAAUUAUGACAAUCUCCUGAGUCAGUUCGGUUGCAUGCAAGUUUCUAGUUCUGCCUCUUCCCAUUCACUAUCUGCUGCAGAGACAAGUACACCACAGACAUCAGGAGGAAAUAUUGAACAGUAUAUUCAUGAUCUUGACAACAAUUCCUUUGAGCUGGAUUUACAGUUUUCUGAAGAUGAAAAGAGGUUACUUCUGGCAAAACAAGCUGGUGGAAAUCCUUGGCAUCAGUUUGUAGAGAAUAACUUAAUCCUAAAAAUGGGUCCAGUGGACAAAAGAAAGGGAUUGUUUGCACGUCGGCGCCAACUCUUGCUUACAGAAGGGCCUCACCUGUAUUAUGUGGAUCCUGUCAACAAAGUUCUAAAAGGAGAAAUUCCAUGGUCUUUAGAGUUGCGUCCAGAAGCCAAGAAUUUUAAGACAUUUUUUGUUCACACACCAAACAGGACAUAUUACCUGAUGGACCCAAGUGGGAAUGCUCAUAAAUGGUGCAAAAAGAUACAUGAAGUUUGGCGGCACAGAUACCACCAGAAUGCUGCAAAAUAGUAAAGCUCAUCCAAAAUUUCCCAGUUUCCCUACUUGCUGCUAGAACUCCGUGUGCAGCCGAUCAGAGGAAUCUUUUCAACCCACCUAUUACCAUCUCAAGGGAAAGCAAACGUCUGAAGUGUUCCUUGGGGUUUUUUCGGGUUUUAUUUUUGGUUUUGGUUUGGUUUCGGUUUUUUGGGUUUGUUUUUGUUUUGUUUUUGUGUGGGUUUUUGGGGUUUUUUGUUUGUUUGUUUGUUUUGUUUUUGGGGGUUUUUGGGGUUUUUGUUGUUUUUUUUUGUUUUUUUUUUUGGGGGGGGUUUUGGGGUGGGUUUUUUUUGGUUUUUUUUGUUGUUUGGUUGUUUUUUUGUUUGUUUUUGUGUGUGUAUGGUUUUUUUGGUUUUGGGCUUUGUUGUUUUUUAUUUUCUUCUUUUGUUUGGAGUUGGUUGGUUGGUUAGUUUUUUGUUUUGUUUGUGUGGGGGCUUUUUGGUUGGUUGGUUUGUUUCUUAGUUUUUGGUUUUGUUGUUUUUAUUUUAAGAAGGAAAAAAAAAAGGAAGAAAAGCAAAAACCUAAUGGAAUUCAGGGUUGCUUUGCUCGCUCUUUGUGCUUCUGUUGAGGCUUCCACAUGCAUAUCAUUGCAGUGAAGAUCUUGCUUUUGUGCACUUCAGUUCCGUUUCUGCUGCAGACUAGUGGAUAGACCUUGCAUUAUCAGCUUCACUUAAGAUGAAUUAAAGUCAAUCCACACGCACACAAGCCGAAUCAUGUACCAGCCUUGCAUUUUAUGGGGCUGGAGUUUUCUGUGACUCUCAGAUUAUCAUUAAACUGUGUUUCAUCAGGGAGCUUUUACAUGCCUCUCCUAAGUACCACCUCUUUGUUUUCUCUUCCUUUCCUCACAGUCCCCCAGCUUAUUGGUAUAUGGCAUUUGUAGCCAGGUCAAUUGCACCCUUUUGUAAUUCCUAACAUAGUUCUGGUUGCAGGAUCUGUGUGGUACUUUAGUAAUUAUGUGAAUGAAUCAGAUGUAUCUGUCUGGCAGACAGGCUCCAAAGAUAAAGCUUUUGAGAGAGUAAAAUGCUGAACAUAGCACUGAAAUUUCUAAAAUUGAAAUGUUGGCUUCUGAAGCAUUUUAAACAUUAAGUUCAAAUUUUAAUAUGUGUGUGUUUAAUCAAGGGACAAUAAACUUACCAGCAUGCUUUUAACUAAUGCUAACUAAAAGAGAAAAUAGUUAGUAUGGGAGAGAAAAGGCUACUAUUGAAAUAGCAAAUAGUUUUUCACCUUUUCAGCAGAUGAGAGCUAGAUGCUUUCUUUCCAGGGUGUGCGUGUGUUGUGCAUUUUAGUGGGGCCAGCCUAUUUACUUGGGUAGAGAAGGAAGCAUGAAAACUUUGUACAAUUGAUUACUUGACUUAUUUUUUGUCUCAUUGUGUAAUGAGAUGUCAGUUCUAUUUUUGGUCCCUGGACAAACAUUCAGGAACUGUAGAAAAAAUGUAAGGAAUUGAAAUAUAGAUAAUAAAGCAAUCUGGUGAGAAAAUCAAAGGCAAAUAUUGAUACAAAGGGGAAAAUAUAUGGUUCUGAAAGCAUAUCUGUAAAAUGAAAAUAUUUCUCAUAACUAUCUCCUUUAGCCUCUUCAAAUUAUGGCUAUUUUUUGUGGUCAAACAUUUCUUGUCAUGUUACAAAGACACAACUUACUGUGUGCUAAAAAAAAACCUUCCCCAAUGGUAUUUUCAACAUGCCUGUGUUCCUAAACCUUGCAGAGGGGAAUGACCUAGGUCUGGACAAAGGCAUUCCUUCAUUGUUUUAAAAGCAGUAUAAACAUCACACCUAUUUAUUAACUCACUACACAAACCCUUACUUUGCAUUUUGAGUUGUCAUACUAUGAUGUGCUUUUCCUUCCACCAAAGAAAGGUUUCUCUAUAAUGCUGAAAAAACUCAUAGGCUACUGUUUUCUGGAAGCAGUAUUUUAAAAACAAUGGCUUAUCAGAUUUCUCAGAAAAUACGUGAAUGUUGAAUAUUUUCUUGUACAGGGUAAAGGAGAUUUAUUAUUGAUCUCUUAAAAACUGUGUUAUGUGGUUGAGCUUGAUGGCAGUUCAACUUGUCCAGUCUUUAAAAGAGACAGUGCAGUUGCCUUUUGUUUUAGAACUACUGCAUUCCUGUAGUCUUCUGUAUCCCACCACAUACAGAAACCUGAGAGAAGCAAAUCCCUGGCUUACUGUGUCUGGUGUUAAGGGAGAGAUGGGGUCCUGUAAAUGGCUGAGGAAGACAGAAAAGUGUUCCCUUUGCACCAUGAGAAAUUUCGUCACAUACAAAGUACACUCCUUGUCACUCAAAUUUGAAUAGCACAGUGCACCUUUGAUCUCUGCCUGUAGUAAGGUAUAUGUGUCAUUCUAACCAAGAUGAGAAGUCUGUUGUAGUGCUAUCCAUUUGUUCUCCAGCUGUCAAAUUCCCACCAUGCGUUGUGCCCACUGUGGGCAACCCUGUCACUUUUGGAUUUAGUCUCUGGUGUAGAGAUCUAGACAGAUGUAUUCCCAACUUUAUACAGGAGAGUUUGGCAGUGAUGGAGAUUCACAGUGCCACUGCUGUUUAGUGUGACAAAAGUUGGCCUCACAUAAAAAGUCUGGCAAAAUUAGCACCAUUGGCUUGCUAACAAGGUAGAAAUCUAGGUGUGCUUAAACAUGUUUUCUGUAAUAUUUAGAUUUUUAGUUAUUUUACCAUAGCUAAUUAAUUUUUUCACACCUUGAAAAUCUUCUCUCAGUAGAUUUCCAUCCUACAUACCAAAAGCUUCCAGCCAGAUGUUGGUAGCAGUAAGCUGUUGUGAAGGUAUCUGGAAGGUUGAUGUCUGCAUUCUAGAUGUCCUUUUUUUUUUUUUUUUUUUUAAUUGACAAUGCUAUUAUUGGAAAACUGUGAGCAUCUCUUACAGGCAUCACUCCACUUAAAACUUCCGUAUUCCUAAUCCAGUCUUACUUAGCUACUGCUUUUUUGGGAAGGAACUAGAACUUUCCUGGGAGAAGUAUUUCUAUUUCUUGGACUAAAUGUAGGAUCUGUGGGUUUGAAAGGUGGCAAGAGUAUAGAGUGAAGCAUCACAAAGCAAUUGUGGAUUCAAGUAUGUUUUACCAGUUCACUUAAAUGUGUUGACAGGUGCUGCAUACCAUGAAGGGCAGGUACCCAUUUUAAAUGCUUAUACCUGAUGUGUGGUAGAUUCAUCUCUUAGUCCUGAAGAUCACUCAUGUGGUUCAUGGGAGUUUAUGGAAUUGAAUGUGCAAGGGCGGUUCUUCAUAGCUGCACAUAGGCCAGGUGAUUUUUCUGCUUUUAAUCCAAGGUUUCCAAAGCAGGAAAAAAAAAUUGGGUACUUGAAGACUCUUCUUAAGAUUGUUCCUUACUGCAGACCUACUGAAAACUCAAUCUGUUGAUUCAUUCCAUCUCUUGCAAUUUAAACAAUUGCCAAUAAUUUAUGAAGAAUCUGGUCAAUAAAGUAAUUUUGCUUUGCUUGGUAUUUGAACUUCAGAAAGGUAUUUAUUUCAUCUUUUUCUGUGGUGUGAAGAUUAAGAAAGGCCAAAGUACUACUGCCCACUCACAAGAAGUUUAAGACUGCUUUCAUAAACUGAGAAAUUAGUUUGUUACCAUUUGCCUUAAAGUCCAAUUUUGUAAACGUUUUGUAUUAAGAAAGAGUUACUUCAGAUGUGAAGUUGAAGCAUUGUUAGCAAACUGAUAUUGCCUAUUACGAUUCCAUUUGCUAGACAGAUGCUGAAAAGAUCAAACUAUCAGUACUGUGCUCUACUUUUCUCCUUCUGAAAUUAUUUAAUUGUGAAGUAUCUGCUAUGUACAUGUCUGAAAAGUAUUGUGGAUUGAAACAAAGAUGUGAUGAUUUUAAUCACCUUCCAAAGUUCAAGAUGCUUACUUUAAUGUACUUAAUACAGCUGUAUUUUGUGCUUGGGACUUUGAAGAAUUAUGAGAAUUUCCCACAUGUACAUUUUCUUUUGAAUGAUUUAGUAAAGACAGUUACUUCAUUUGGCCUGUGGACAAAACAUUUGAUUUCAAAAUCUUGCCAAGAACUUGUGUAUUAAUAGUUGCCUAAAGAUGUGGCCUGUGGAUGAUGGAUUCUGAUCAUUCUUUCUACUAGUAAAUUGCACAAAUAGGUGUGGUAUUUAUAUCUGAAAUUUUGCUGAAUGCCUAUAAUACUUCAUGGAAAUAUUUUAUUAAUCAAAUGGAAAUGCUUCUGCAAAGCUUCAUGAUGCAGAUUGUCCAUCAGUUGAUCAAGUGAGCUUAUAGACAAGUAGUUCUGUGACCCAAAAUGGCAUGUUUUCAUUUAUAACUGAUAAUUUCAGAAUGUUUCCUCUUUCAUGGAAGAAAUUACUGUUAUGCAACAAAUAGUUGGAGAGGUUCUUAACCACCCAGUAGCCUGGUUUUAGAAUAAAGAGAAUAUACUGAGUUGGAAAGGACCCAUCAAGGUCAUCAAGUCCAACUCCUGGCCCUGCUCAGGACUCCCCCGUAAUCCCACCAUUUGCCAGACACCUUCUUGAACUCAGGCAGGCCUGGUGGUGUGACCGUAUCCUGGAGAGCCUGUUCCACCCUCUGGGUGAAAAACCUUUCCCUGACACCUAGCAUAAACCUCCUGUGACUCAGCUUCAUGCCAUUUCCUCAAGUCCUGUCCCUGAUCAAGAGAGAAAUCUGUCCCAUCAGCUGGGCCAUGAAUGUAGAUGAUUGCCAUUUGACAAGUGUCCCAUGGCCAUGUACUAACUCACUUGAUGUGGUAAAUGUUCGAAAUGGUAGCAGAACUGAAAAUUACUAUAUCUGACAAAAGAGAAGAAAUAAGAACCAGGAGCCAUAAUCAAUUUUGGUAGUUGUAUGCUCUUUUCAGGUUGGUGGCAGUCAGUUAUGCCUGUAAUAUGCUCUACCCGGUUUGUAGCUGUAACUGUGAUGUACAGAAAAAAAGGAAAAACCCACCCCAAACAAACAAAACCCCUGACCCGUCAAUAAACCACAAAACAAUCUCCACCCUCCAAGAACUCGUGAAAACAGAAGCAAUUAAUGCAAUGAUACAAGAUACACACUUUUGUAUUUUUAUUCUUAUAAGGUUAUUUGCUGGCUCUUGUUGGCCUCUAGUUCAGUCUGUGUUAUUUAAAUUCUAAUAUAUGAAUUAUUUGGAUUGAAUUCAUGUUCGGGGCCAUGGUGUUGUAUGUAUUGAUGUACAGCCUUGAAUGUGAAUAAUUAUUGUAAACUAUAUUUUACACCUUUUUUUCUGGCUUUAUUAUAUAAAUUUUCUAUUGGUCGAUGAUUUAAUCAUAUCUCAUAAUUUAAUGACUGUUUAUUCUCUCGACAGAUCUCUGUGCUGUAGAUGUGUAGUUAGUGACUGGAUGACGGAUUUCACUUAUGCUUGGUAGUCUGUAAUAAAGGCAUGUAGGGUUC